AUGGAUCGAUUAACACCUGAGACAGAACAAAAUAUUUUUAUUAUGAUUCAUAACCCAUUAUCUAUUAUAUGUGCUUCACGAAUAUGGUAUAAUAUAAGUCGUAAUCAUACCACUCGUGCAAAGUGGCUGAUCUUCUACCACGGAAGGUCACAUGCAUUAUUUAACGCAGUGAAGAAAGGUCCAAAGUUUUUAACAUAUGAUCAACUUGAAGCUUUGUUUUCUUUAAAUAUUCUUCCAUCACGGUAUUUUGUCCAGCGUCUAAUGUUAGCAUUCGGACAGGUAGAUUGUGAUCUUGUUGACAUGAAGAUAAGAAAUGAAAUAUUAGAUCAUGACAUUUCUCUAAUGGGAAAAACUAAAAGUUCCUGGGCUGAAGAUAUAGAUUUUAAUGUUCUUAAUUGCAUAUUAAUGAAAGCUCAUGAGCUUUAUGGGUAUGGAGAUAUAAUUACAGAUACCAAUGACCUUGUACUCCAGGGUCAAUUUCUUCUAUGCUAUCCACCCGGUUCAACAUUUGAUUGUGGUAUAGAUAUUAUCUUUGAUAAGGUUAAUUAUCUGUACAAACUUGGAUAUAGACUUAAUAUACCUUUAUUUAGUGAAAUAGUAUUACUAUUUAUGAAAUUUAUUGAUUCGAUUGGAAAUGAUAUACUCCAAAUAUGUUCUAAACUAAUGAAUCGUACUGCAGAAGAC